UCUGUGCGGCCAACGGUGCGGCCACACGUGGUAAUGCCGAUACCGCGCGCACAAUGUGACGGCGGACACAUUGUGUCGCGCACUCACUCGCCGUAGGCGAGGCUGCGUGCUCUUUUCUUUUCGGUACGCGCACCUCGUCCGUGCUUAAUCCGCGCCCUGAAGAUCAACCUGCUUGACGGCGUCGUAAGGUUUCGCCGUGCGGCCCGCGUAGAUGUGACCGUGAUACAGUCCGCGGCCGGCGUUACUCGCGCGAGCACGCCGGCGUCGACGUGGAGGACGAGUGUACCUUACAUCCCCUUACAAACUUAGACUUUGAGCAGUCACGAGAGCUACGUUCACGAGGCGCUACAUCGAGGGUGAAAUGAAUCCGUCGGAAUCGCAGCAGGAUCUGCUAGCGAACGAGGCGAAAGCGCCGUCGGUGUCAUCGUUGCAGGCGCCUAUUGACUACAUUCUUGGCCCGGUCGAGAAGCACUUCUUGCUCAGCGCGGAACGAGGCGAUUGUGCCACUGUCAAAAGAUUGAUUGAAGAGAACCAGGAGCACCCGGAGAUACUGAAUAUCAAUUGCGUCGAUCCGCUGAACCGAUCAGCGCUUAUAGCCGCCAUCGAGAACGAGAACAUCGACCUGAUCAGAUUGCUGCUGGAUUUGGGAAUCGAAGUGAAGGAUGCACUCUUGCACGCCAUUAAGGAGGAGUACGUGGAGGCGGUGGAGAUCUUGCUGGAGUGGGAAGAAAAAAUACACAAGCCGGGGCAGCCCUACAGCUGGGAAGCCGUGGACUCGUCGUCGAAUUUCACACCCGACAUAACUCCGUUAAUCUUGGCGGCUCAUAAAAACAACUAUGAGAUACUGAAAUUGCUUUUGGAUCGAGGCGCGACUUUACCAACGCCUCACGAUGCUAGGUGCGGCUGCGACGAAUGCGUCACUUCCAGCGAACAAGACUCCCUCCGACACUCGCAAUCUCGAAUAAACGCGUAUCGUGCGCUCACCUCGUCAUCUCUAAUCGCGCUUUCAUCGAGAGACCCACUUCUGACGGCCUUCGAGCUUUCGUGGGAACUGCGUCGCCUCAGCAGGAUGGAACAAGAAUUUCGCGCCCAAUAUAACGAGAUGCGGGAGCAGACGCAACAAUUUGCGACCUCCUUGCUGGACCAUGCGCGCACGUCUUACGAAUUAGAAGUAAUGCUGAACUACAAUCCCACCGGAGAGAAUUGGGAUCCUGGGGAAAGGCAGACCUUGGAACGACUCAAACUGGCUAUUAAGUAUAAGCAGAAGCAAUUCGUCUCUCAUCCGAACGUUCAGCAAUUAUUAGCCGCCAUUUGGUUCGACGGUCUUCCGGGAUUCCGAAGGAAAAACAUGCUGGCCCAAUUGCUGGAAGUCGGCAAGCUCGGAGCGAUGUUCCCGGUCUACAGCACGAUCUACAUGAUGUCACCGACUUCGCAGAUGGGGAUGUUUAUGAAGAAGCCGUUCGUGAAGUUUAUAUGUCACUCCGCUUCGUACGCUUUCUUCCUGAUGCUUCUCGGCAUGGCGUCGCAAAGAGUCGAAUACCUGUUGAUCGAAUUAUUCGGCAACGAGUGGAUGCGGGAUACACUUGCCGGCUGGAAGAAGCGAGAACGCGGUUGCGUGCCGGGUUUCGUCGAAAGUGGCGUGGUCAUCUAUGUGAUAAGUUUAAUCAUCGGUGAGAUUAAGUCUUUGUGGGCAGAAGGGAUAGUCGAGUAUAUAUCAGAUCUCUGGAAUAUCGUGGACUUCAUUCAAAAUACUUUUUACGUGAUCUGGAUAAGUAUGCGAAUCGCGGCUUGGUGGUUAGUGCAAAGAGAAUACUGGAAUGGCUUGGAUCCUUGGUAUCCGCGGGAUCAGUGGCACGCGUUUGAUCCGAUGCUACUUUCGGAGGGAGCAUUUGCGGCUGGAAUGAUCUUCAGCUUUUUAAAGCUCGUCCACAUAUUCAGCGUGAAUCCUCAUCUCGGGCCACUCCAGAUUUCCCUCGGGAGAAUGAUAAUAGACAUUAUCAAGUUCUUCUUCAUCUACACCCUCGUGCUGUUUGCCUUCGGUUGCGGUAUGAAUCAGCUGAUGUGGUAUUACGCGGAUUUAGAGAAGAAGAAGUGCUAUCACAUAUCCGACGAGUUGCCGGAUUUCGACAAUCAGGAGAAAGCUUGCUCGAUAUGGAGGAGAUUCGCCAAUUUAUUCGAGACAUCGCAGUCUCUCUUCUGGGCGAGUUUCGGCAUGAUCGACUUAAUGUCCUUCGAUCUGACGGGUAUCAAGAGUUUCACGCGAUUCUGGGCGCUCCUUAUGUUCGGUUCUUACUCUGUGAUAAACGUCAUAGUGUUACUGAACAUGCUGAUCGCUAUGAUGUCCAACUCUUACCAAAUCAUUUCGGAACGAUCAGACACAGAGUGGAAAUUCGCCAGAAGCCACUUGUGGAUGAGCUACUUCGAAGACGGCGACACUGUACCGCCACCGUUUAACAUGAUACCGACCAGCAAAACUUUCCAGAAGCUGCUGAAAUGCGGGGGCAACAAUCGCUCCACAACAUCUUUCAUCAAAAAAUCUCGAGAGAAGGCCAUGAACAGGCACGACACCGUCGUGCGUCUGCUUGUACGUCGUUACGUGACAGCUGAGCAAAAAAAACGAGACGAGUUCGGUAUCACCGAGGACGAUGUCAGGGAAAUUCGCCAGGAUAUUUCGUCCUUCCGUUACGAUCUCAUCGAUAUUCUCAAGAAAAAUGGAAUGCACACGCCGGCGCUCGACAAACAGGAAACGAAUAUACCAGGCAAAAAGGGCAAGGUGAUGGAGCGCCGUCUGCAGAAGGACUUCCAGAUCGGCAUAGUGGAGGGCAUCGUACACGCGGUCAUCCAGAGCGAAAAGGAGCCGAAGGACGUUUUCAGUCAGAUCGCGCGGGCAAUCGCGCGUAAAGGAAGCGCCGCCGGCAGGAAGGACUGGAACGCUGUGGUGCGACAGAGCACCAUCACGAUGGAUCCAAUCGGCAGCACGAACGAGGCAGCGCAACGUCAGUCCAGGCGCAGUCUACGUCGUCAUUUACGAUACCAGCCGAACUCUGACCUGGCGUCCAUGGACCCGAAUCGGCUGGUGGAUUAUAAUCCGAACCUCUCGGAGGUUACGCCAGCUACCAGGAUCGCUUACGCCAAGUUCAUGAUGAGUAAGGGCAAGGUGGAUGAAGAGCAAGAGGAAUCAUCGGAAACCGGAGAUACGGACGAGGCUUUCAAAAGAACUACUAAAGUUGUAAUCUCAGAAACCGCCACGGAUCCGCUGCCACGACCUGUACUCGAAACACUGAAGAAAGGUUUAUUGAAAUCCGCAAGCAGCGGCAGCACGGACAAGUCCGUGGAGAAGACGCUCGAUAUCCGAACGCCCAAACCCAGAGCUCCCUCACCUAUACCCGAGGACCCCGUAGAAGAGGAUGUCAGCAAGCAGUCUAAAUCAACAUUAGCGGAAACUAGUCAAAAGAAGAAAGACGACGAGACGGACGCGAGCAAGAAGGAAAGCACGCAGAAGCAGCAAAAGGACAGUGGAGAAAGCAGCGGGACGAAGAAGCUGAAAGAAGAAAAACCGAAAGAAGAAAAGCCAAAAGAAGAAAAGCCGAAGGAACAAAAGUCGAAGGAAGAAAAACCGAAGGAAGAAAAGCCGAAGGAAGAAGAGCCGAAAGAAGAAAAGCCGAAGGAAGAAGAACCGAAGGAAGAAAAGCCGAAGGAAGAAAAGCCGAAGGAUGAAGGUAAGAGCGAACGAUCGGAAAAGAAAGACGACAAAGAUGACAAAGGGGAGGCUUCGGCAAUGAAGGAGGGAGACAAGGCAGGAAAACGCAUCGAAUCUGACGCGAAGGAAAGCGAAUCGGUGGUUGCAUCGACUACAAAAUUGCGCGGGAAGUCAAAGGCGACCGGUCAGAUAAUGGGAGGAUGGAUUUAGACCUGAGCAUUCGGCUUGAUGUGUUCCACGUGAGUCAUCAGUGGUCUAUGCUAAUCUUUCUGUUCAAACCGUUUAAUUUGCCUCUGAGACGAAACAUAAUGAUGGAAUUCUCUUAUAAUCAUUACGAGACAUGUGUUAUCUGAAGAAUAAAAUGUGGCUCAUAAUAUGAUAACGUGAGUCCUCCAAUGGUCCUCGCCAAACUUUCCGUCCAGAUCAUUUGAUUAGUUCCUGGGACUAAACAUAAUUAUAAAAUAUUCUUAUAAUCAUUAUGAGACACGGCUCAUGAUCCAGUGUGGGUCAUCGGUGAUUCACGCUGAAUUUUUUGUUCAAGCCGUUUGAUUCAGCUCUGAGACAAAAUAUAGUAACGAAAUUCUUUUGCAAUUAUGAGACACAUGUUAUUUAACGGACGAUACCCGACUUAUACGUGUAUAACAUGAUAACGCAAAUCAUCAAUGAUCCUCGCUGAACUUUCCGUUGCGGGGAAUCACCCGCGCGGACUUUCCGUCCAAGCCAAGUUUAAUUUGCCUCUGAGACUAAAUCAUAACUAAGUAUGAAAUGAAUAUUCCUAUAAUCAUUAUGAAAAACGUGUUGUUUGACAAAUAAAAUGUGACUCAUGAUACAGCUGCCCGACUGAAAACUAUCCGUUCAAACUGUUUACGAUUUGGUUCCAGGACGAAACAUAAUCAUGAAAUAUUCCUAUAAUCCUAUUAUGAGAUACAUAUUAUUUAAAUAUUAAUUACGAGUAAAAUGUAGUUCGUAAUAUGACAACGUGGACCACCGAUGUCAAACUUUCCGUUCGGACCGUUUGAUUCGGCUCUGAGAUGAAACACAAGCAUGAAAUAGGCCAAUAUUCGUUUUCAGACAUAUUUCUAAUGAAUAAAAUGUGGCUCAUAAUACGACAAUAUGAAUCAACUACCCGACUUAUUUAAGAUUAAUCCGACACGAAAAGUGUUAAAUGCGUGUCUCGCGUUGUUCCCACAAAUCGUUUCUCAGAAAUAUUUAUUGGAGUAAUUACAGAACGUACGUAUCGGUCAUCAAUCGUCAAUCGUCGAAUCGAGAAGAUCUUCGUUGGGACUAGGAAAAUCCUCGUUUCGCAACAAGACGCUCGAACAAUAAAAGAAAUAUUUUACGACAGUCUACGAGAUCCACGGCGUAAUUUAUGCUUCGGCACGUAUAGUUAGGUGGACUUCCCCUUUACACAGCACGUUGUGCAUUUCCAAGUAUUUCACACGACGGCCGAUAACCGAUAUCGUAGCGCACGGAAUACGUUAUCUGCUUCGCGCAUAUCGCAUCGUUCAAAUUGGUAUUUCAAGCACACUGCCACCUUCCACACGAAUUGUUCCUUCUUCUUUUUACGCGCGUAAACGCGAUUUUCAUCGCGCCGAUUGUUUGCAAACGCAUUGUGAUUUGCUGCUAAUUCAAAAAGCUUCAAUCCAUAUUACUAUUAUAUGUUCACUCGAAAUCUAAAUUGCAAGAGAUGCAAGUUGAGACUCGUUAAUCUUUUGAGCACUUUGAAGUUAAAAAUAAAUAUAAAAUAAAAUUUAGUUGAAGUUUAAAAUAAAAUACUUUUAACUGUUACAAACCAAUCGCUGGAAGAAAUGACCCGGGAAAAAAUGAUUGGUUAUAUAAGUAUUGGUUAUAUAAGUUUGGUUUUUAUGUAAAUAUAAACAGAUAUAUACAUAUAUUCACAGCGAUAAAAAUAUUGUACAAAAAUACAAUUGAACUGAAUGAUUGUACCAAAUGUUAAAGUUUGU